UCAUUUCUGUUGCCGCUACAUUGCUAGGUGUUUAUUCAAAGCACUUGUUUUAUAGCGGUUAAGUGAAAGGAAAAGGCUUUGUUGCAGACAAGAGAAGAUACUACUGUUCAAUUUCUGACUUUGAGAUCAAUUGUUGCUGCAGCUUGCAUAGAAGAUUUCAUUGCAACAUCUUUCUUUCACUCGGCUGACUCGGUCUGUUUUAUUGGGCCAAUUUUGAUGCCCAUUACCAUGAAAUGGAGUCUCAAGCCCCACCUCCCAAAUUUGCCCGUCUUUCAAACUCUAGGACUAGGCUUGCAAGUGGUUGGAACGUGGAGAGAAAUAGGCGCGAUGGUGAAUCUGGGUCACCUCCAAUUGGGCUAGGGCUUGAACUUGGACGCGGUGGGUCUAGUCAAAGACCAAUAAUCAGCUGCAAAAAACCUUAUGGGUUCACCGUUCUUCAACUGCAGGAGCUACAACUGCAGUCUCUUAUCUAUACGUAUAUCCAAGCUGGAUUUCCUGUACCUUACCACCUUGUUUUACCUAUAUGGAGAAGUGUUGCUACUUCCCUUGGUGGUCUCAGUUCAAGGUUGUACCAACUCUACCCUAGUCUUAUGGGGUGCAACCCAUUAUACUUGGCAUAUAAGAAUGGAAUGGACCCUGAACCAGGGAGAUGUAGGAGAACAGAUGGAAAGAAAUGGAGGUGUAGCAAAGAGGCUCUCCCAUAUCAAAAGUACUGUGACAGGCACAUACACAGAGGACGCCAGCGUUCAAGAAAGCUUGAGGAAUCUGCUUCCCAUGGUAAUUCCAGCACAGACCUCUCCAUUUCCCUCCCUGCUGGAAUCAGUGGUGCUAGCGCCUAGUAGUGGUCAUCUCCUUCCAAGAUGUCGUUUCUCUCCAAAGAGUGUUUUUCAUGGAGACACGCAAGGAAAAAUGAAAUAAUUGUCGUUUAGUUUUGUCUUAAUUAUCAAAAUUACUCGUGUUAAUAAUUCGUUUAACGCUAUAUAAAUUGCAAAAAUGGCUGAAUUAAAGUUAA